GUCCACACGGAGAGCUCGGCUUGACUAGAGGCUAUCCAGAGCUGCUGGUCAGCGAUCAUUGAUCCACGAGUCCACAAGAGCUGUCAAACGUCGAACAAUUAUCCCUGGUGUGAUCGAUGUGCCUCAAGCGCGUCCUUCUCCGGAGCUGAUCGUUGGAGAAUGUUUGGAGAAAACCCCGGAUUUUGCAUUCGUGAGAGACCAUGUAUGAGUCAGUGAAGAGUCAUUCGUGAAGCAGUGAACUACGUCGAGCUUUUUAGUCCGUCGCGGAAUGAGCAGAUAGCUCUUGUUCAGAAAUAUCGAAAUCUUGUUAUUGCGGAUCCAAGCAGUGCUAAUCGACGUAUAAGGUGAUCGAUCGACGUCUAAGAAUGACAGUAAUAAGGAUGACCUCGCCGGUCACGCCUGCAUCGACCAGUCCGGACUCGUCAGACGAGGCUCAGGCGUUGCAGGCAAGUCCUAAACCGGCUCAUCGAUUGAGCUUCUCUGUCGCGGCUCUGCUAGCUGACACUAGAAAAUCGUCAGAGUCCUCGACAAGACAGGACGCGAUCCUAACAUCACCGAGAUCAUCACCGAUCAUAUCGUACGCGAUUCGACAGGAGCCUCGUAUGCUGAAGCAUCCAUGUGAUUUCAAAACAUCAAGAUAUACCUUAUCAUCAUCGCCCAAUCUUAAUCAAGACGUCAGAUUGAUUCGUUGCGCCUCUCCUCACAAUAUUUCGGAGCCCAGAACGCCGCCGAGGUAUCCCGAAGUGAUCGACUAUGCCUGCAAUAUCGAAUCACCCGGCAGAAGAUCAACCUCUGGUAGCUUGGAUUAUCGCAUGCAUCCAUCCACCGACGCUAGUACUACACCAGAACCUAUGGUAGGUUGUUCUUCGUCUCCGAAGAUCGGCAAUCAUCAGGACGCCGGCUCGCAAUCACCGAGAAGCAGCUCUCAUGGUGAGGCGCAUUCGAGGUGUUCAGAAACGGACGAUAUCGAAGAGGAUGAUGAGAGCAGACUGGUUGACGUGGAAGAUCUUCAGCAUCAUCCGUCCAGCCCAACUCCUGUUAGGCCGACACCGGCAUAUCUUGGUGGUUUUGCCACUAUCGGCGGUAUCCCGGAGAUCCCGCCUAGUCUUCACCCUGCAGUCUGGGGCGGCGGACAUCAAAAUGCAGCUGCAGCUGCAGCGGCGGGAUUUCAUUUUUCUCAUCAUGCUCCUCUAAACGAGAACGGCGAACCGGCUAAGAUUAAGUGCAACCUGAGGAAACACAAGCCAAACCGAAAGCCCAGAACGCCCUUCACGACCCAACAGUUGCUGGCCCUCGAGAAGAAGUUCAGAGAGAGGCAGUACUUGAGCGUUGCCGAGAGGGCAGAAUUCUCGUCCUCAUUGCACCUCACGGAGACACAGGUAAAGAUCUGGUUUCAGAACCGACGUGCCAAAGCGAAACGUUUGCAAGAAGCGGAAAUCGAGAAGCUGAGAAUGUCGGCCGUGAGACAGCAUCAUACGGCGCUAUACGGCUCGCAUCCGGGGAUCUUAACCCCCGCGGGACUUUAUCCCGUAGGAAUGCUGUCUCAUCCCGGAUUAACGCCUCAUCACGCAAUCGCUCAGCAUCCCGCGAGGGAAUGAGAGCAAUAAUGUUCGAUACCGGUUGAAAUGAUCUGUCAUCGAAUCUCACAUCAAGAAUGAUUUCGGCGGAAAGGGCAGGCUUAAAAAUUACAUGACUGCAGUAUGUUGAUAAAUAAUAUUAAAAUCUCGAGAAAAAAGGGAGAGAG